GCCCUCCGCCAGCCUCUGCGCCGCCCCUCCUUAUCUGCCGCUGCAGGAGCUCACGUGGGCUGCGGCGGGAUGCCAGCCGGGCCGGGCCUGGAGUGGUCCGAAGAGAUUGGAGGUUGCCAUGGCGAGGGAGCGGGGCCGCGGCCGGGGCGCUGGCCUCUCGCUGCGCCCGCCAGAUAAGCAGAAGGAGCCGAAGCCCAGCGCGCCCCUUCCCGGCCCGGCUGGCCCCGUCCGGAGCAGCCCUCCCGGCGCUGAAGGGCGUUUGUGCCGCCGCCGCCUUGCGCUCCUCGGGCACGUCUGGCGUUUCCACCAAGGAGCUCCAGAUCUGACUCCCAGCCAGCCUGUAGGGAUGUGAACAGCCAGAUGAACAGGAAUCAUAGGAAGCGCCUUCUACUGAGUCAGAGCCUGCGUCCAUCUAGCUCAGUAUUGUCUGCACUGACUGACAGCAGCGGCUCUCCAGGGUCUCAGGCAGGGGUCUCUUCCAGCCGUGCCUGGAAAUGUUACCAGGACUUGGUGAAUGAGCUGGACCCUCAAGCAGGACACUGAAUGGAAAAGCUACAGAAGCACCAGCUGACGUCCCCAGGGAGUCUCUGCUCCUCUCGGGGCUCCAGCGUCCCAGGGUCACCCGCCAGCAUUGUGGCGAAAAUGGACAAUGAGGUCUUGGGCUACAAGGACUUGGCAGCAAUCCCCAAAGACAAGGCGAUCCUGGACAUAGAGCGCCCUGACUUGAUGAUCUAUGAGCCCCACUUUACCUACUCCCUCCUGGACCAUGUGGAGAGGCCCAGGAGCCGAGAGCGCUCUCUCUCGCCCAAAUCUCUCUCUCCUCCUCCUUCUCCGGAAGUCACCCGUGAGUGGAUGGAUGAGAGCAAGUCUCCGGGAAGCGCCUCCCAGUCAGGCAGCCGCCGGGCCAGCAGCACAAGCCGCAGUGGAGUCCACCACUUCCACCGUCCUGAUACCAACACAACAGAGGUGAACAUCUACAAGAAGCCCCCCAUCUACAAACAGAGGGAGCAGUCAACAACCCCAACCCCACAGAGUAAACACCUGAUUGAGGACCUGAUCAUUGAAUCCUCCAAGUUCCCAGCCGCCCAGCCACCAGACCCCAACCAACCAGCCAAGAUUGAGACAGACUAUUGGCCCUGUCCCCCCUCUCUGGCAGUUGUGGAGACUGAGUGGCGGCGGCGGAUGGCGUCCAAGAGAGGCGAGGAUGAAGACGAGGAGCUCACAGAGGACAUGCAGAGCCUGCGAGAAAUGCAGAAACAAGAACUGAGCAAGGUGGCCUCCAACCUAGGCAAACUCAUCCUGAAGGAGGAGAUGGAGAAGUCACUCCCAAUCCGGAGGAAAACCCGUUCUCUCCCAGACCGAACGCCCUUCCACACCUCUCUUCACGUGGGGAGCUCCAAAUCUGCAUCCCUUCCAGCCUAUGGGAGAAGCGCACUCACCAGGCUCCAGUCCACCGAGUUCAGCCCUGCCAGCAGCGAGAAGGGCAGCCCAGGCCUGCAGGUAAGCAACGGCCAGAGAGGGCGGAUGGACAGGGGCAAUUCCCUUCCGAGUAUGCUGGAGCAAAAGAUUUAUCCUUAUGAGAUGCUGAUGGUGACGAAUCGAGGAAGAGGGAAACUGCCCCCAGGAGUGGACAGAACAAGGCUAGAGCGGCACCUGGCGCCUGAGGAUUUCCUGCGUGUGUUUGAGAUGACGCCAGAUGAAUUUGGCAAACUGGCCCUUUGGAAGCGGAAUGAGCUGAAGAAGAAAGCCUUCCUCUUCUGACCCAGCACCUGCCCGGAGCCGACACGCCCAGCGCGAUUCUCUGCGUGUGUCGCUCUUUCUUGCAUCACAGACGCUUUAGGGCUACGAUUGAGCCGGUUCUAUGGAACAUUCCUUUCUCCCCACACCAAUCCACCAACCCGCAGGGGCUGCAGAGGUGGCUGCCAGCCCGAGUCUUGCAGGGGUGAAGAGGAGCAGGCCAGGAACAGGUGGGAAGAGCAACAAGCAGCCUUCGCUGGAGGGGGCACCAGCACCCUGCCCACCCGCCCCCCUCCAGCGAAAAUCAAAGCAGCAGAGUGGGAGAUGCCAGUCGAGAGGUGGGAAGAGGCACUGCCCAGCAUUGCCACCCUUAAGCUGACUGUUCACAGCAGUGUUUUAUGGGGCUCCUCCGCCUGCUGGCUUUACACAUGUGUGUGCCCCCCCCUUUGGCACAUGGGCCCCUCAGGUGGUCCAAACCCAGAGUGAGACUAGGAGUGAGACCCUUGCGUGGCCUUAGGAGCAGAUGGGCACAAGGGACAGGGUGGAGCGUAAAGGGACCAGGCUGACUCCUAUCGGCGGCAGAACCUUGCAGAACGAACUGGCCCUCUUGUCCUGCAUCCGCUCCUCACCGGAGCCGGCCUGCCGCCUCUGGGAAGCUGGCCAGGCGCAUAGCCACAUUCUCCCACGACUGGCCUUCAGCUGUCUGCUGGAGUGACCGUGGCUGGACGUAGCGCCUCUCCUCCAUGUGGCUGCCAACUGCAGGGGCAAUGUUUGCUAGUUCUUGAUAAAUGGAAGAAUUCCUGCCACCCUUCCAUCCAUAUAUGCUAUCUAUAGGAACAAUCCGGCUACUCUUACAGUGCCAACGGGCAUGGAAAGGUGGAUAAGGGUAGGCGCCAUUUGAAAUCACGCAUUUGAGGUGUAUGGUAGGGCAACCCUCCCCCCCCCCAGCCUUCCUCCCCCCUCCUUCCCUCCCCCCCCCUCAGGCUUGCCAUUUCCUCCUCUUUCCAGCUCCGCUUCAGCUUCCUUCCUUCCCCCCACCCUGGGCCAUAAUUCUUCCCAGAUGCAGCCACUGCCACACUCCCCCCCAUCCCCCUGGGCCAGCCUUGCCUUCAGUCCUACUCCGUGAGAGAUGGGGGUUUCUCAUCAUGCAAGCAGAUGUGGCUGAAAAGGGGCUUACAGUAGGGCCCCGCUUUACAGCAUUCCGCUUUAAGGCGUUCUGCUGAUGCGGCGCCUUUCGUUUUCAAUUUUAAAGGUUUUUCCCCCCCUUUUGCGACGUUUUGCACUGUUUUCACGCGACGCUGCUCAUUAAAGUCAAUGGGGUUCCGCUUUACGGCGUUUUCCACUUUAUGGCGGGGGUCCGGAACAGAACCUGCCAUAUAAGCGGGGCCCUACUGUAUUCAGAAGCUGCUCUCAGUCCAGCUGGCCUCUUCAGCCUGUGUGCACCCACCCACCUCCCAUUCAUACACACAGAUCUUCCUGUCCUCUCUCCCUCAACCACCAGGUUCCUCCUAGCAGUAGGCGAAGGCAUUCUCGAGAAGGUGGCCUGAUGCAUCAGGACGACUUGCCUCACUGAUGGAGGCUGCUCCUGCACAUCCCCGUUACCCCAGCUAGACCCUGUAAGCCAGGGGAAGGAGGUCUGUUUGCUGCUUUCCCUGUCCAAGGCACAAUGCUAGGUCUCCAAGCACUGCUACAGCCAGUUUAGAUAAAAGGAUCACAUUUGGAGUGGAGCCACUCCGUGUGCUCAUUCCAGACUGCUUUGUCACUUUGCCCCUGCAACCAUGCAAAAGCACAUUUGCUUUGUCUGUGAGCCAGAUGACGACAGGCCUCAGUGCAGCCUGUGAACGGUGAAAGCUCAGCCUCAGCAGCUCUCAUCACACAAAAGCUCCACCCUAGAGCCAUGGCAGAAGGGGACCAGGCUGGAGCUGCCCUGCUUGCCAGGAGGUGAGAAAGCCUCCCCCUUCUCGCAGAGGGCAAGGCUCCUGUUUGCUCAUCACCAACUCGCCCCGUGGGACGCAAGUGGGGUGAAAUGCAAAAACACCCUCCUCUGUUGAGCUGCCCAGGCUCACAAGUCGGUGUGAAGACAGCUGGUUGUUGCAAAGGCUACAGGGAGUUGUCAAGAUGGCCUGGAGUGGGGCUGGGGGGUGCAACCAACCCAAAGGCAGGGGGUGCCUCUUCCUACCACAAGGUCUACCUGCUGUUCAGCGGUGACUUCUCACUGGUUCACAACUAUUACUGAAGUCUAGAAAGUCUAGCCUUUCCUCAGACUAUUUGAAGGGAGAGGAGGCAGAGGGGUUUGCCAGGGAGGAAAAAAUCGCUUCACAGUCCACUUGCAAGGAAUAUUGCCCAAACCAGCCCACUCGAGCACCGCACUGCAGUGGCAUUGGGGAGGGGGGGUUUCACUGACAAGACUCCUGGCAACCUUAAUCCAGUCAGGAUGCUGCUCUUUUAAAAGCUGGAAGCAGGUGGGAGGGGGCAAAGCCACACCUGAAAUCACCCAUUGCUUCUUCCCUGAGGCACAGAGCAGACCAGGAGGAAGCACAUCGAUAGCACCAGCCAUUUCUCCAGCUAGCAGCGCUCUGGGGCCAAGUGGGUCUGUCUUGGGAGGAGCUUUCCCCUAGUGGUGCCUCCCAGAGGCUUGGACUAUGAGUCCCAUCAGCCCUAGCAUGAUGCUGCCUGGGGCUCAAGGGUGCUGUAGUCCAGAACAGCCAGAGCCACCAGGUUAGGGAAAGCUAAGAGGUGGGCUCAUCCUGCCCCAGAGCAAUUCCACCAGCACCAGUGCAAACAGCUAUGGAAGGCGGUGCUCGUUGGCUCUGGAGCAAGAGCCAAUGGUCCAGCUCACUUUUGUCCUCCAGACAGCCCCUGCCCCCUACCUUGCUGUUGUUUUCUCAGCCACACCACCUUGUGCGGAAGUAAAGAGUGUAACUUGUUAGGAGUCACUGGCCUGUCCUUCCUUUUCCCUGCUACUUCUGUGAACGUAUCUGUAUAUAAACAGAAAGGACCUCCUCCUGGUAACAGGACCACUCUUCUACCACCCUCCUUUUGCCGAUGUCAGAAUUUGUGUGAACAUGAUUUCCCUCCCCCUUUUAAUUAAAUGUGCAGUGGAUUUAUUCAAA